AUGCUUGCCCAAGGGAUCUACGAACUAUGGGGCGAAGGUGCAAACUAUGAUGCACUUCACGAAUCAGUCAAGAGCAAUUCAAUUUCGAAAUGGUCGAAAUAUGACCAUUCAUCUUUCCGAUUCACGGUUGAAGGCUACCAAGGCGGAAAGAACUCAGCUGAGCAGGGCGCCAUCAUCGACUCGUUCGCGUAUCUCGGCUUCAAAGGAGCGCCACAGAUGCGCAACCCUGAUGUAUCAUUCCGCGUCUUCGAAAACUACGACUUGGACGUCAAGGUACCGAAGUACAUGUACUUUGGGCGCUUCAUUGCAGACUCUUGUCGCAAUGAAGCGAAGAAGACGUAUGAUCUCAAGAAGCGACACUACAUCAGUACUACUUCCAUGGACGCAGAACUUACACUCUUAACCGCCAACAUCGCACAAGUAGCGCCUGGAAAAGUGUUCUACGACCCGUUCAUGGGCACUGGUGGCUUUCCAAUCGCAUGUGCGCACUUCGGCGCCAUAGUAUUUGGUAGCGACAUCGACGGCCGCACGAUCCGCGGGCUAGGAGGCAGCGCAAGAAGAGGACAAACAGGCAAAAUGGACGUCAUCGGCAACUUCAAGCAAUACGGCCUCCUAUCCAACUACCUAGGCGGCUUCGUCUCCGAUCUCACAAACACUCCGCUACGAAUCAUUCCACGCGACAAGGACUUCUCCAAGGGCUACCUCGACGGCAUCGUCUGCGACCCACCAUACGGCAUCCGCGAGGGUCUCAAAGUGCUCGGCUCGCGGCAGGAAUUACUCGAGAGUGAACGCCAAUCACACCAGGAUCAGUACAAAGCACCGGGAUACAUCCCACCAAAGCGCCCAUACUCCUUCACCGCGCUGCUCGACGACAUCCUCGCCUUCGCCGUCGCGACGCUCGUCGACAACGGGCGGCUCAGCAUGUGGAUGCCGACGGCCAACGACGAGGACAUCGAGCUCAUCAUCCCUUCACACCCAUGCCUGAAACUCGAAUCAGUCUGCGUACAAGCGUUCAAUAAGUGGUCGCGGCGCCUGCUUACGUAUCGGCGGCUGCGCGAGGAAGAGGUGCCUGAAGGUGCGCUGGAGAUGGUCAAGAGGGAGUAUGAGAAGGGUACGAGGGCGAGCGAUUUGAACGAUUUUAGGAGGAAGUAUUUCCAGGGGUUUAGGGAGUUUAAUAAUAUGCGGUCGGAGAUUCAGAGGAUGAAGAUGGGGGAGGGGAAGGUGGAGGCGGCGAAUGGGACGGAGGCGAAGAGUGAGGAUAAGGAGGUGGAUGAAGCCCCGGAGAAGAGUGUUUGAUUCGAUGAUAUCAAGCUGAGGCGUAUCAGCCUGGUCUUCUUAUAAGCCGCUCAAUCGCGUUGCUGGUAAUACAGCCCUCUCGUGGUCCAAUAUCCU